CCCCAUUUAAUUAUUUGUUUAAAAAAAAAAGAAAAAAUGAACUGAGAUAAAUCUUAGUACUAACAAACAAAAGGAAACAAAAUCCAAUAAAAUACGCGUCAAGGUUUUUUCUCCUCUUCUCUUAAAUAACGUUCUACAUAAGACCUCCCGAAGUCCAACCACGUUCCCCUCGCUGGUUUUCUGCCACCUCUUCUUUCCGUUUCCAGUUCCCAAUUUUUUAGAGAGAGACACACACACAAUAAACCAAUUUUUCCCUUCUUUUUUCAAAUAGUUUUUGGCCCCCAAAAUACAAAAACCACUUCAAAACCCAAUUGUCGAUUCCUCCAGAUAAGCAUUCUCUUGCAUAACAUCUUCAAUUUUCUAGGAUCAGAGGAUAAACACAAAAAAAGAUUGUUUCUUGGUGGAAGCAAUAAUUUGAAAUAAUAAGAAAAAAAAAAUUAGACAAUGGUAGACAACAUGCAGAGGUUCCGGCACGGCGGUGGCCUUAAUGAGAUCUUAAAAGGGUAGCGGCGGCUGGUGGUUUGACCUCAAAUAUCAUCUUUGGAGGAUUACUCUGUUUUAUAAAUUUGUUUUUUUCUUUUGGGGUGUUUUUUGGAAGAUGGGUUCUAGCCCAAUUAUGGUACAGGGUGCUGCCGGCGGCGGGGGCGGCGCCGGCGGGUGGUGGUGCAAAUUGCAGCGAUCUCAUCACAACAACAACGGCAGCAGCAAGCACAUUAAUAAUAGCAGUAGUAAUUUGCUUAAUAGUGGUAAUAAUGGUGGUAAUAACGAGUCCUGUGUUGUGUCAUGGAGUUUUGGGUAUUUUUUGACCGCAUUUCUGAUGCUGGGUUGGAUUGGGAGUCUCUACGGGAGGUUGGUGUUGACUCCGGACGUCCGGUCAACUCUUUCCGCCGUGGGUUGCCUGGAAGACGGUGAGGGCUCUUGGUCCAUCGGUGUUUUCUAUGGCGACUCUCCUUUUUCUCUUAAACCCAUUGAAGAUAUGAAUAUAUGGAAGGAUCAAAGUGCAGCAUGGCCUGUAGCAAAUCCCGUGGUUACCUGUGCUUCAGCUUCAGGGUCUGGUUUCCCCAGUAAUUUUGUGGCUGAUCCUUUUCUUUAUAUUCAGGUGAGCAAUUUCACAAUCCUCUACUUUUAACUUGAUUUGUCCUUGCAAGAAAUUUGCUUUUCCUAUUGUUGCUUGACUUUUGAGUAAGUUGGUGCACUUGGGCUGUUGAUGAAUAGUACUGACCAUAAGCUGUUUGGACUUAGGAUAGAGUUUUGCUGACCUAUCCUGUAGAGUUAUCUCUAACUGUUCAUCUGAUGGAUCGGGAUUUUCAACCCCAGUUUGAGCUGCUUAAUCAUUGUUUUUGAAAUUAUUGCUUUAUCAUAUAGUAAACUAUUCCCCUUCAUUGCUUGAUGGGGUCGAGGGAUCUUUCAAUGAAUGCAACCCAGUUGUUGGAGAACUUUUUUGAUUAGAGUGAGUGGAUUGAGAGAGCUUUCUGAUUGGGGGAUUAGGAGAAGAUAUAUUCUUAUUAAUUUUUAUGAGUAAAGUUUUUGCUUUUUAUCCGUGUCUUUCUUUUUUGGCUUUCAAAAGGCUUGCAGGGGGCAUAAACAUUUUUUUUUGGGGGGUGGGGGCUAUUCCCAGUAAAUUUUUUAACUACUUCUUUUUGAUCCUCGAGAGAAUGUAAAACCUUGGUGAAAUCGCUGGUUAGAGAAGGCGGGGACCAGUUAACUCAUCCCAUGGAUAUUAUAGGUUUUCGCAAAGUUGAUUUAAGGUUUCUACUAAGAAGAAAUGUCGUUGUUAUAGUAAUGACAAUUUAGUGGUAUUAGUAUACAAGGUGGUUGAAAAGUGCCCAGCUGUUGUUUAACCAAAGGAUAACGUAAAGGAUUUUGGAUUUCAAAAUAAUUUAAUAAAACUACAGGUUUGGUCCCUGAUAAAGUAGAUAACAAAACCUGAAGAUGGUGCUGGAAAUUAUAUUAGAUUAUAUAAGAUAUAAAAACAUGGUGAUCAAUAAUUACGAUGGUAGUAUUAGAUGAUUGUAGUCUUGCUCUUGCUUAUCUGAGAGCUUUACUAUUUUGGUUUAGAUAGAGAGAUUUCUGACAUAUUCUACUGGUAAAACUUGUAUCAUCUGUUCUGUAAUGAAAGGCAUAGUAAGGAUCAUGGUGCUGUUACAGUGUAAAAUGAUCGGUAGUUUGAAUUAAAGUGGGCGAUUUUUAGGAUAAAGCAUGGAACUAAACAGAGUCUUUUUUGUGAAAUUUUUAAUCUACGUGAUCUAUUUCAUCAGCUAAAGCAGUUAUCGUCCCUAUCUUCUUUUCUUUGUGUGGGAUUCCAGUUUCAAUUUUUAAAUGUCCUUUACUUUCUGACCAAAAAUUAAUCAAGUCUUUAUUGGAUUCCUCAUGUCUACUCCAAGAAUGAAUAGAAAUUCUUUACCCAACAGGGUGGUAACCUGAAUUUGUUAGCGAUCAAGUAGAAUAUCACGUAGCCAUUAGUGUCUGAUAUCUGACUUUUUUAAGCUGCCUAAUUUCAAAUCAAGAUAAUAUGUGCUUGUAUUUUAAGUUUAAAUGAAUAUAUUCAGAUUUACCUGUCUUGUCACCUUUUGCUUGGUUGAGAAUUUUCCAGAGAAUGUUACCCGAAUGUACCUUAAUAUGAUGAUUUCAUUUUAUUCCCUUUUUCUCUUCAUACUUAGCUUCUGAGAAUAACCUUUUUCUUGCAUCUUUUUAAUUAGUUGCCGUCCGCAUUGUGCUCUGAUGAUUUGGUAUUUAGAGAUUGGUCUGUCAUUGGCUAUGCAAAGUUGGUUUUAGAAUCUGUCAAAAAUUAUUGCAGGGUUGCUUCUAAUAUUCCCAAAAGUAGAAAAAAUUCACUGGUCAGAAGAAAAGUUAGGAUAGUGUGAGGUUAGAUAUAAAUUCCUUUAUUCUUUUACAGAAUUGAUUCCAGUGCUUCUGUUUCCCAUCCUAAAACACCACCCACUUUUCAUUAUUUCUUUUCCUCGUAAUGGUCAAAAUUGAUUUAAAGUUGCAUGGCUUCAUUCCCUGAAUUAUGUGAGCAGAGGAUUACAUUGCAACAAGAGAGUUAUGAACAACAAUUUCUUUAAGAAAGUACCCCGCCCUCCUUAGUUCUUCUGAGCGAGGUUAAUUCAAUAUUCAUGUUCCUUAGCUCUUUUGCUAACGACUAGCAUCACCUUGCUUUUCUUUUGAGUUUUGAGUAAUUGGAGUAGGGAAGAUAUUUACUUCGUAAAUGAAGUAAGACCAAAAGACUCAAUGCGGAAAAAAUUUGGAAACUGGAAUUCAAAAAAAGGGGACGACGAAUUAGAGGUUGUUAGGGUUUAUAUAACCAUUUAGUAAGAGUUCGAAAAUUAACAGCGCCCUUUUCUUUUUUAAGUAAAACUUUUAUUGUUUAUGUUUAUGUCUAUGUCUUACACUUACUACUGCCAUGCAGUAAUUGGUGGCAGAACCUUUACAAAUUUGAAAUUUGAUUGAUUCUAGGGGGAUGUACUAUACUUGUUCUUUGAAACAAAGAACUCUAUCACUAUGCAAGGCGACAUUGGAGUUGCCAAAAGUGUUGAUAAUGGAGCCACCUGGCAACAAUUGGGCAUUGCUUUGGAUGAAGAUUGGCAUCUCUCCUAUCCUUAUGUCUUUGAUUACGAUGGCAAUAUAUAUAUGAUGCCUGAGGGAAGCGCCAAAGGGGAUCUUAGACUUUUUAAAGCAGUGAACUUCCCAACAAAAUGGACAUUGGAGAAAAUUUUAUUGAAAAAACCUCUUGUUGACUCUUUUGUAAUUCCCUAUGGAGGGAAGUUUUGGCUUUUUGGUUCAGAUCAUAGUGGUAUUGGGACCGAGAAGAAUGGGCAGCUAGAGAUUUGGUAUAGUACUUCUCCCCUGGGACCUUGGAGACCUCACAAGAAGAAUCCGAUAUAUAACACAGACAAGAGCAUGGGAGCUCGAAAUGGAGGCAGGCCAUUUGUAUACGAGGGAAAUCUUUAUCGGGUUGGUCAAGACUGUGGUGAGACAUAUGGGAGGCGAAUACGGGUCUUCAAGGUAGAAAUUCUUACUAGGGAUGAAUUCAAAGAAGUGGAAGUCUCUUUGGGCACUCAAGAACCAACUAAGGGACGGAAUGCCUGGAAUGGUGCCCGCAAUCAUCACCUUGAUGUGCAGCAGCUGAGCUCUGGACAGUGGGUAGGUGUGCUGGAUGGGGACAGAGUGCCGUCCGGGGAUACAAAUCGCAGGUUUAUUCUUGGAUGCGCUUCAGUCUUCGCAGUUGCUGCUCUUGUUAUACUGGUGGGUUUGCUAGUUGGGGCUGUGAAUAGUAUAGUUCCCUUAAGUUGGUGCCCCCACAAUAUGGGUAAAAGAAGUGACGCUCUCUUGUCUUGGGAGAAACCAAACUUGCUAUCCUCCAAGCUGAGACUGUUCUGCAGCCGUUUGAACAGAGCAAGCUCAUUCCUCCGUGCCAAAAUAAAUGUAAAUACAUUUACUGGGAGGUUGGUUAUAGUUUUGACAAUCUUGGCAUCAAUGGUCCUAGUGUGCCUCGGGGUUGGAUACAUUUAUGGAGGCAGUGGUGCGCAGGAGCCUUAUCCAUUGAACGACCAGUACUCGCAGUUUACAAUGCUGACAAUGACCUAUGAUGCACGUCUUUGGAAUCUGAAAAUGUAUGUGAAACAUUACUCUAGGUGUUCGUCAGUGCGCGAGAUUGUUGUUGUCUGGAACAAAGGAAAACUUCCAGAUUUGAGUGAAUUCGACUCGGCAGUUCCUGUGAGGAUAAGGCAAGAGGAAAAGAACUCGUUGAACAAUCGUUUCAGGAUUGAUCCAAAGAUAAGAACUCGAGCUGUCCUUGAGCUUGACGAUGAUAUUAUGAUGACUUGUGAUGAUGUAGAACGGGGGUUCAAGGUGUGGCGUGAUCAUCCUGAUAGGAUCGUGGGGUUCUAUCCCCGGCUGGUUAAUGGUAAAACCCUUAAGUAUAGAGCUGAAAGACACGCCCGCAGGCACAAUGGCUACAAUAUGAUCUUGACUGGUGCAGCUUUCAUUGACAGCCAGGUGGCAUUCAAGAGGUAUUGGAGCAAGGAAGCACAGGCGGGAAGAGAAGUGGUUGAUGAGUUGUUUAACUGUGAGGAUGUCCUGCUGAACUAUUUAUAUGCUAACUCAACCUCUUCCAAAACCGUUGAGUAUGUAAAACCGGCAUGGGCUAUUGAUACCUCGAAGUUUUCUAGUGUAGCAAUAAGUCGGAAUACCCAAGCCCAUUACAAAGUCAGAAGCAUUUGCCUAGAGAAAUUUGCUCAAAUGUAUGGCAGUUUGACAGACCGAAAGUCUGAAUUUGGCCGGCGGAAGGAUGGCUGGGAUGUAUAGUAGUAACAGAUGUAGUCUAAUUUUUAUUUCAUUCAUUUAACCGUCAUCACCUUGUAAAAUUGAUGUGUGUAGUCGUAUGAAUUCUGCUUCUGAGGUUGUAGGGGAUCUAGGUUGAUCAAAUAGAUCUGGGAAUCAAUUGUACAUUUGGUGGUUGAACAUGUGUUCUUUUUGGUGGGUUUUUCUUUGCAGAAAUACUGGAAUAGAGCAGGUGAAGAGGAAUCUGGUUUUAGGUUGUAGGUCCUUUUUUUUUUUUUUUUUUUGCGGGGGGUUGUUUUCUAAUGUAGUGUUGUGGCAUGGGACUGCUUAGUUUGCCCUGCCAUGUAUGCUGAAAGAUGUGAUUGCGGAGACCUUGGAUCGGUUUUCUGCUAAUGUACAUGUAAAGUGCAGAGUGAUGGCAAGUUACUGCCUUUUCCAAAAUGAAAAUGCCUUUCUAACAAAAAUGAUCAAUGUUUGGUUUGCAAGCUUUCCAUUUCAUUUGCAGCACCUAAGCUAUGACAUGUUUAUAUUCUUGCAAGUUCAAUAUUCUCCAGUUAUGGUUACAUGGUUACUCUUCCUUUUCUAACAGCCUCAAUCAAAGUAGCCUUGGUGGGUCUGGUAAAAAUAUCUAAGACCAACUCAAAGUUGAAUGCUAUCAGAAGCAGCAUUGAGUUAGACCUGAUAAGAAGGUUUCAUUGGGGGAAAGAAAAAAAUAAAAAAUUUCUUUAUAUUUGAACGGUUGUUAUUGUCAUGUCAUUUGGCCAUGAUGUAAGUUGCAGAGAC